GGGAGGAGGCGGAGGAGGAGAAGGGGGCCUGGGCUGCCACGCCUCCCCACACCGCCUCUCUCGCUGUUCUGCCCCCCCCCCGGGGCGAAAGGGGCGCCGGCGGGGGAGCCGCUGUGUGGGGCUGGCGGCGGGGCUUGGGGCCUGGGGCUGAGGUGGGCCCGGGGCGCCGCGCUGGUUCAGUGGCGGGUCAGGCUGGAGCGCUGAGGCGGCGGGGCGUCGGGCCGCCGCUGCUGCUCCUCCUCCUCCUCGGCCCGGUCCCUCCUCUCCCUCCUCCGCCGCUCUCCUCCCUCCUCCUCGCCCAGGACCAUUUCAAAAUGGCCGGUAAGUGGCUUUCGCUCCUGCUGCUCCUUCGUGCGGGGUGUGAGGCGCGCAAGGGCUCUCUCUGGUUUAUGUCGUUUUUUAAAAAAUGGUUUUUCUUUUUAUUAUUAUUAUUAUUGUCGUGUGCCUUGUCUUUUUCCUUAAAAACACACAUCAGAGGGUGCUUAAGCGCGGCGCAAGCGUCGGCCCUCUUUUGCUGGCUUGUUUGCGGAUGAUGAUGAUCGUGUAUAUUUAUUUAUUUUUAAAAUGUAUAUAUAUAUUUCCGACUCCUCUCCAAGGGAAAGAAAACGCACCAACCCCCUGUGUCUUCUCUCUCUUUCUUUCUUCUCUCUCUCUCUCUUUCUCCAUCUCUCUCUUUUGUUUCUGUUUGUAGGGAUCCCUUUGUAUUUUGUGGAUUUGCAGGAUGACUUAGAUGAUUGUGAGUACGGUAACUGUUUUCAUUUUGGUUUUUGUUUUUUUUAAGAAAAGGGGGGGAAGUAGGAAUGAAAUCGCCACGUAUCUUUAUUAUCUUCCUUUUGAAAGGUCCCUUAUCUUCCUCCUCACGUCCUUCCCAAGAUUAUGGGUAUGGGGGGAAAGGAUGGCAAAGAUGGUGAUUUCCCAGCCACGGGGACACCCCCACUUCCAACCCCCGGCUUUCACCGUUAAGGGGAUUUGUUAUUUUUAGAAGAAAAAAUAAAAUGCAUUUUAAAACAGGGAGCUUUGAUUUGAUUCUGCUUACUACGAUCCGAAGUAAGUGCCUUUUCUAGACCACAUUGGCGGAGACAAUGUAGUAGUUCUGACAGGUAGACUGUCAAGUGUGUUUCUGUUUUGUUUUGACCACUCAGAGGAGAUGCAGAUUUUUAUUUUAUUUUUUGCUUUAAUUAUAAGGCUGUUAGAGAAUAUUUUUAAAUAUAUGCAUAUAUUUAAGACAUGGUGAGAGUUUGGCAGAAUAUUGAUAGGGGAGGAGAUGCAGCCUCCCCUCCCCCUUUUUAAUGGCUGGUUAAAAAGUGGAGUCGGUGGUCGUUGUUUUUGCUGUUCAUGGAAACAAAUGACUCAGAAUUUUAUUUUAUUUUUAACAUACUCUGUUAAAAUAUUUAGCAUUUAGUAUGUAUAGUGGUGAUUGUGAACAUAUUAGGAUUUCCAGAUGAGAUGGGGGCGGGGGGAGUACACAUUCAUUCAGGUCAGCAUAAGCUUAUCAUGUGCCAAAUAAGCAACAUCAUUGGUGUAUUUAAGAAAACAAAGCUGUAUCUCAUCUGGAUAUGUUAGCAUUGUAAAAUGCCUGACAGAAAAAAUUGUUGCAGUAGCAAAUAUAUUAGAAGAAAACAUCCAGCUGCAGCUGUCGUUUGAAGGAGCUGUUCUUUGAUGAAUGCAAACCUAGCAUAGCUUUGUUCCAUCUUGUCUUGCAGAAACUUCAGUUGGGCAAUGUAUAGUCUAGAUAGAUUUUUGUAAGGACACUUACUGCUUAGGUAAAUCAGCAGACGUGAUACAAGGAUGCAUGUGCAGAUAGCUCUGAGCUUUGCAUUGUUCACUUUGUUUCCAUUUGCAUAUGACUUUUGUUCAGAAAUAGCUAGUCCUUGAGAUUAUCUUGCUUCCUUAUUGAUCAUGCUGAAUUCUGGAAAGCUUUCCUAUAUGCUGUACAAAAGCAGGGACCAAAGGGGAUCAAAAACUUCCUAAACAUAACUCAUUGACCACCCAGUGUGGCUGGGGCAACCCAGACAUAUGAGCAGAGUAUAAAUAAUAAAAUGAAAUGAAAAGGAGUUGACUUCCUGGUACUGAAACUUGACAGAGGUAAUGAAUAAUGGUAAUCUGCAAACCCUUCAGGACUAGGAGCAUUUCUAGCAUUUUAAAAAAGCACCCAGGACAGGCUAGAAGUUUAAUGCUAAUGUUCCCUAAUAACUGAUUCUUACAUGAGAGCUGGUCAACACAUGGAUAGUCUCCAGGCAGCUUCGGUAGGGAAAUAAUACACAUUACAGUAUGUGGGGAAGUCGUGCACUGAGCAGCUUCAUUACAUGACUAGGAAGACAUGGUGUCAAAUUUUGGCUGUCAGGAAAUUUAAUGUCAAAUCAUUCAUCUAAGCCUACCUCAUAGGGUUGCUGUGAGGAUAAAAUGUUGAAUGCCUCAAGCACUCAGUCCUCAGCUCCUUAGGAUAAUAAAAGCUAUAGUUUCUACUUGAUGGUAGUUAUGUGAGAAUCCACUCUUUAUGAGUCGUUUUAGAGUCAGAUUUGUUGAGGUGACUAUGACCUUUAGUUAUCGCAUUGUAACUUUCAUGCUUUUUACGUUUGUCAUGCAAUAUGAUGCUUUCAAAUGACAGUAUUUCCACUGGAUGCAAUUUGAGUCUUGAGCUAUAUGCGCUGUUGCUCUAUUAAAAUUGAUAAUCAAUUGUGUGAGUUUUAGAUGAGGAAGUACCGUAUUUUUUGCUCUAUAAGACUCACUUUUUCCCUCCUAAAAAGUUAGGGGAAAUGUGUGUGCGUCUUAUGGAGUGAAUGCAGGUUGCGCAGCUAUCCCAGAAGCCAGAACAGCAAGAGGGAUCGCUGCUUUCGCUGCACAGCAAUCCCUCUUGUUGUUCUGUCUUCUGAGAUUCAGAAUAUUUUUUUUCUUGUUUUCCUCCUCCAAAAACUGGGUGCGUCUUAUGGUCUGGUGCGUCUUAUAGAGCGAAAAAUACGGUAAUUAAUCAGUUACGUGCCACAUUGAUUCCACCCCUUGUGUCUACAUCUGGUCUUAGAUAGGGGAGAAGGUAGCAAAUAUUGAAAUAAGACUGCUUAAGUGCUAGGAGUAUGAAGCCCUACUGGGAACAAGAUGGUGAUGGUUGACCCCCAUCGCUGGAACUACAAAAAAUUGCUGUUACUGAGGUCUGUCUCCAUCCUUAGGCCAAACACAUAGGUAGAAAAUGGGGAUCAAGAGAAAUUUGGCAAUUGUACAUUAGCAGAGCUGAAAAUUAAUGUUUGGUGGUGUGCUAGAUAAAAAGUCAUCACAAGCCAAAUUAAGUUUCUCUACCUAGCAUUUAGAGGGGACUUUCUCUUGGGGAAUCUCAUAUUUGUGGUAAUACAGUAAUAAUAAUUUUAUUAUUUGUACCCCACCUAUAUGACUGGGGUGCCUCAGCCACUUUGGACAGUAUGAGUCGUUUUAGAGUGACUACAUUAAGUAUCUUUCAAGUCUCACAAAAAGUCAAGGUAUCUGUGAUAGCUCAUAAUAAACUUUCCAGAUUCCAUCUUAAAAGAUAGCAACCAACUCUGCCAGCCCCCAACUGCCCUGGUUUAUCAUCCAGCCUGAUGAAGAGUUAUAGAGAACUUGAAAGACAGCACACUAUUUUGUGAUAUUUUGGUUUUGCCUAAUAAAGAUUUCGGAACUUGUUUUGUAGGCCAGCAUGGUGGCACUGUGGGUUAAACCACAGAGCCUAGGACUUGCUGAUCAGAAGGUCGGUGAUUCGAAUCCCCGCAAUGGGGUGAGCUCCCGUUGCUCAGUCCCUGCUCCUGCCAACCUAGCAGUUCGAAAGCAUGUCAAAGUGCAAGUAGAUAAAUAGGUACCACUCCGGCGGGAAGGUAAACGGCGUUUCCAUGCGCUGCUCUGGUUCUCCAGAAGCGGCUUAGUAAUGCUGGCCACAUGACCCGGAAGCUGUACGCCGGCUCCCUCGGCCAAUAAAGCGAGAUGAGCGCCGCAACCCCAGAGUCUGUCACGACUGGACCUAAUGGUCAGGGGUCCCUUUACCUUUAUGGCUCUCUUUACUUUUUGUAUGUAUUGGAUUGCAUUCUGUAUCGUUUUCACCAUUGCAGGAAGUUGGCCUAGAUAACCCUUGGGGUCCCUUGCAACUCUAUAAUUCCUUAAUUUCUUUUUUAAUGUGCUUGUUGUCUUGUCCAAAAUUGCCAGCUCUUAGUUACUUGGAAGGAGAACUUGAUUGUGAAAUAAUUUUUUGAUUCUUCUUGUUUCCAUUUAUAAUGACAUCCUUACUUACAGCAGAAAAGCUGCCAACUCUAGCUAGCUAUUUUCAUGAGAGUCUUGUGACUUGAAAAGUAAAAAUAGUAGAAAUCCUGGCUCCUGUUUGUUUCAAUAGAAAUUAUAUCCCCUAGUUACAGUCAAAAACUUGACUUCAAUGUGCCACAGCCAUAAAAAUUGAAGUCCUAAAAAGAACCUAUCAUUUGUUUGUAACAUCAGUUUGUAACUUUAUUAGAUGGAUACUGAAAGAACUUCUAAAUGCAAUCUCGGAAUCUCUGUUUGCAAUUUUGGGAAAUUCUUGGAGAACAGGUGAAGUUCCAUGAGAUUGAAAGCAGACAAAUGUCCCCAUCUUCAAGGUGGGAUGUGUGAAGGUUGCAGGCAACUGCUGACUAGACAGUCUGACAUUGAUAGCUGGAAAGGUUCCUGAGUGAAUCAUUUAAGUAGUUAGUCUGCUAACAUUUGGUUGCUAUGAUUACAAAACACUACCAGGGGUUUCUCAAGAAUACGUCAUACCAAGCUUUUUUUUAAAUUGUUACUAGCUUGCUAAACAAGGGAAUGCUGUGGAUGAAAUAUUAGCAAGGUUUUCAAUGAAGCUCAAUAUGAUAACUCUUGCUGGCAAGCUGGUAAAAUCUGGAUUAGAUGAUGCUACAGUUAGAUGGAUUUGUAGCUAGUUGAGAACUACAGGUAACUGACCAUUGAGUGUACUGUAUAAGCAAAAUCCCUGAAAUGGGUCCCCUAUUGCCAUAUUGAGAAUUGAGACUAGGAGGUCACUUACUUGCCACCUGUUGAGUUCAGAUUUGCUAGACAUGGGCUGAGGAUGCUUUAGGGAAGGGAUGGACUGAUGCAGCCCUUGAAGCUUCUGAAGGUUCUACCAAAUGUUAAUCAAGAUAAGGUAAAAAACUUUUCAUUUGUAAGAAAAAGGGGAUGCUUUCUCUUUUUAAGAUAUAUCUAGGCUUUAAAUCUUGUGUUGGAUUUUCUGCAUAAUACCCUGGCAAUGCAUACACAUAUAUGUUCUGUAGCCAUGCAGUGCUUAUGACUUGAGGGCAUCAGUUUUAUUUAUAGAUCCUGUUUAUUCAUUUUUGUGACAAAAACACUAUGUGUUUUUAGGAGAUAUGGUUUUGAACUGCACGACUAAAUGGGUGUAUUUUUAAUUUCAUGAUUAUGUGGCACGGUCACAAAGCAGUCAAAUCCAUAUAGCAUAUGCAAGUGUGUAGGAACUAUUCGAGCUUUUUAUAGUCCCAAUUUACUGAUACAAAUUUGUUUUCUGCUCAGCAUAAGAACAAGCUUGCAUGACCUUUGUUAUGGUGGCUGUGCAGUGAAGCCACAAGUUGCUAUAAUGUUCAGUGGAAGAAUUUACACUUCUGCAUGCCAGUAACAGUUUGGGUAUCUCUUUGUUGCAGGGCUCAGUGGACAAGAUGUUGAUGAUGUUGAUGAUGAUUAUACUAUUAUUAAUUAAAUUUGUAUACCACCCUUCAUCUGUAGAUCUGAGGCCAGAUCACAGCAUAAAAAUACAAGAUAGUAACAAGAUUACUAAUUUUUUUACUUCUAAAUAUACAAAAAUGAACCUUCUUUCUGACUGGUUCCAGAUGUCUCGAAAAAAGUCAUGCAGCGCAAUCAUAUGCACAUUUAUUCUGAAAUACAGUAUGUCCCACUGUAUUCGGUUCAGCUUACUCCCAGAUAAGACUGUAUAGAAUUGGGGCAGGAAAUAUUUUUUUAUCCCAAGAUUGCACUCAGUUCAUUACAGUUCUUAUUUUGCUCUAAUGCGUCUUGUUCCUGCAUAUCUGUCAUAUUUGUAAAUGUUACCAUCAUUCAGCCAGUAUUUUAAAAAGGUUGCACAAAUUCAUUUUAGUAAAAGGGAAAUUGUCAAAGGUUGAUAUCCUUCUGAUUUAAAAUCAGUUAAAACGGUUUACAAUCUUGUAUUUUUACAUUGUUAUAACCCACCCCCUAGGGACGCAGGUGGCGCUGUGGGUUAAACCACAGAGCCUAGGGCUUGCCAAUCAGAAGGUUGGCGGUUCUAAUCCCCGUGAUGGGGUGAGCUCCCAUUGCUCGGUCCCUGCUCCUACCAACCUAGCAGUUUGAAAGCACGUCAAAGUGCAAGUAGAUAAAUAAGUACCGCUCCGGCAGGAAGGUAAACGGUGUUUCCAUGUGCUGCUCUGGUUCGCCAGAAGCGGCUUAGUCAUGCUGGCCACAUGACCCGGAAGCUGUACGCCGGCUCCCUCGGUCAAUAAAGCGAGAUGAGCGCCGCAAUCCCAGAGUCAGCCACGACUGGACCUAAUGGUCAGGGAUCCCUUUACCUUUACCUUUAACCCACCCCUGGGUCCUUCCUGCUUUACCUGCAGCUUCCACCGGCUUAAUGUUUGUUUUAUUUUUCCUUGCUUCUGGCUGCUUUCACCUGUGCUUUGGUUGCAUUUCAAUUAAGUUGUGGUCAGUAUUGUGGAGCAUGAGGUUGAUACAGGCAGCACUGUACGGCUGUUUCCUCUUGGAGCUCCUGCCCUCUUUUGCAUGAUUCCAGCUUACUUUAUCAGAUGUUAGUAACAAAAGCAGGCUAAUUUCCUUUCUUGGGCUGCAAUCAUAUACCCAAUUACCUGGGAGUAAGUCCCAUUCAACUUAAUUGGACUUAUUCCUGACUAGACAUGAAGGGAAGAAGAACCUCAAGCCUGGGUGUCAAAUAUGUCCCUUGAGAGCACUCUGCUUGUCCCUUGGGUCUCUCCGAAGCCAUGCCCCUCAUUAGUCCUGCUGUGGACCCUCUUGGGAGUUUUUAACUAGGAAGUAUCCGUGAACUCUGGUAAUAGAGUUCUCUCUAAUAGAGAGAACUCUUAGGAGAUAGAGCAGAAUGUGUGAGUGCGUACAGAAACAAAUUUACUGCACAAAGUUGUUCCAUCCAUUUUUGCCUCCGGCUGUACUCACUACUAGCAUGUGGGCCCCAGAAGAUGGCAUAGAAGGCUGGGAAAAUUUCCUCACCUCUUGCUUAAUGCUUAGGACCUUGGGGUGGGGGGAAGAGCUACCCUAAAAUGGGACUGCAUUUGUCACAAGGUUCUCCAGAUAUUCACCAAUAUUACUCUUUUUAUUUCUUUUUUUGCAUACGAAUAGUGGUAAUUUGGCAGUGAGGGGCUAAAAGGUGGGAUAUACAUGUGGUAAUUUGGCAGUGAGGGGCUAAAAGGUGGGAUAUACAUGUUUUCAUAUAUUUAAUAAAUAAGUAUUUGUAGACAGCAGCUGUAGCAGCACAGUGAAGUACUAAGGCACCUUCCCUUAGAGAUGGAUUGAAACUGCCCCUGGUCUGGGGUGCUGCCAUACUCUCAUUUUCUACAAGGACAGGAAGAAUGGCUGCAAAGACAGCUGUGUUUAUCCACUUCUGUAUUUCCUUUCCCAGAGUGAAAGAGGAAAGAGUGAGAAUUUAGGCAGGAGUGCUACACAGCUCUGCUAUUUUCAGCAGAUUGCUGUUGCUGGUUGCAUUUGCUCUUUGCUUCCAGAGGCGCUUCCCCUAGCUGCAUGGAGGUACGUAGUUUUGGCAAGCCUUCAGUACUGAAGGGUGGCAGGGGAAACCAAAACAGUUUGGCAGGAUUUGUAUGUUAGAUUCUGGUUUUUCAGAUGUGACAUAUGCCUGUUCUCUCCUCCCCACACCCAGAUUUCUCCAUUCUUUUUUUUAAGGAAAAUUAACAUCUAAGGUAGCUUUCACCUUGGUCAGCCAUUUUGGCAACAUAGUUUGCAAAGAUGCUUAGCUACUGCAUUUCACUCCUUUGUCCUGAGACAUUAUGGCAAACUCUUCUUUCCUUCAUAAUUUUGCCAACUAACAGCUUUUCCACUUUGUGCCUGCUUUGAAAAAGGUGACUCAUUAUCUUUCAUUUUUUAAAAAUCACACUGCAGUGGCUAUAUCAUACCUAUCUCUAGUGAUUGUAUUGGCUUCUCUCACAUACAACACACAUUUCUGGCUUUCAGAUCUCUUACUCAUCUGGUCCACCCACCCUGUUGGCUCCUAUUUAAGACAAGAAAUUGGGUUGGGUAAAAUUGGUUUCCAACUUCUUAGGUUAGUUUCAAGGCAUUAAUUGUGUGCAGCUAGUUAAAACAUGAUGUAGGUAUGGGAAACAUUUUCGUUAUCUAACACUGUUUCUUGGCCUAAUCUGGGAGUUGUAUUUAAAUAGUUCAGUUCCUCAUUUUGUAACUAGUUGCAGGCUUUGUAUAUCACCUAACAGAUGUAUAUCUUUAAAGAUCUGAAACCUUUCCAUUGCAUCUAAGUGUUCUUAUCUGUCUGCCAUUGUGAGAGAAUGCAUAGGCAGACAUACUCAUACAUUCCAAACAGUAUAGCAUAUCCCUCUUGUUUGGGAAUUGCAAUAGAGCACACUGGCUGGUACAUCUGCAUCUGGAACUCAUUUUUAACUCUCCAGAGAUGACAAAACAAGCACCUUAUUUAUUGCAUUGUUAACCAAGUAUAAUUGGCUAGUUUUGCCUUUUACAACAUGCACCUUUUUUUUGGUAAUACACAAUAGAGAUGUUUAAGUAAUAAUCAAUUCAAUAGCAGCAGGAAACACAUUCUUUCCCUCCACUCCAUACUUCAAUUGACAGUUUUCCCUCCCCUACCCAUAAAUCAAAGCAAGAAUCAUGACAUUUGCCUUUGUGAAAACUUCUAAUGCAAUUACAAUAAGCAAACUAAGUUAUACAAGAGAGUAGUGGUUGAUCGGUUACAAACAAAUUUUAAAUAUGGAGACCAGCAAGCAGAAACCUAUUGUUAAAAAUGUCAGCCUGAAGCUUUUCCUAAGUGUAACUGCCUGACCAGCUUCAGAUGCCCUGUUCCCUAUCCCAUUAUUAAUUGAGGUUUGGGUGGUAUAAAGAGCAAGGCCUUUUCAGUGGUGGCACCGAAAUUUGGGAAUGCCCUCACUGAUUAGAUGUAUCAGGCUUCCUCUCUUCCAUCAUUUAGUUGACCAUUUAUUUUACACAGGUUUUCAAUGUUUGCUAUUUAGUUUGUAUUGGCCAAAGCAUUUUUUAUUUUAUUUUUUGCAUUAGUUGUGGAUUUUGAAAUUGUGUGUUUGAUCUCUCCCCCCCCCCCGCCCCCAUUUAUUGCUUUGUUUGUAUCUUUCUUAAGCUUCUUUGGAAAUAAAUAAAUAAUCACAAGUUUGCUUGAGUAGGGGAGUUUCUCAGACAGAAAUAUACUGGUCAGACAGAGGAUCCUUUAAGUGAGGAAGUGAUAGCCAAAAAUGUGAUCAGAUAAAUUCCUGGGUCAAAUUUCACUUUACCCAGGAGUUUAUUAAGGUGCCUUAUGCAAACCAUUAUCUCCAGUCCACACCUGCUGUAUGGAGAUAAAAAUGCUGCCUUUUCUUACAGGUUUGUUGUAAGGAUAGUUGAGGUUGUAUAUAAACUCCACCGAACAGUCAAAAAGUACUGUGCAAAUACUGUUCUUAGCUGUUAUGGUUCAAAUCUGAUUUGUGAAUCGGUGUUCAUGAAUAAGCAGGGUUAGAAGCUGAGAUAUGAAAGCUAGGAGCUAAAUGGCACCUUAAACCAAGGUUAUGGGAGCAACAACGGAAUGUCUAGGCGUGCUUUUUUAUUAAAAAGAAUGCAAAGCUGAAAAUGAAUGAACUGCAACUAAAAUAUUAUGUUCAUUUUUCACAUAGUUUAGUCCUUCCCCUUCCCACCCCCCUAAUAUUCUUAAAAAGUUUCUUCUCCAGUUUUCAGAGAGUAACUGGUAGUGGGAGGGCAGAAAAAGGUCCUCCUUUCCUUCCACUCUGUAGUUUUAAUCUGAAAUCUAAGGCACAGUACUGCACCAGGAGCUCAGAAACUGUUUGUUCUAAUGAAAUUCCCUGUCACAAAAUGCACCUAGAAUAAUGAGAGUUUCAAACACUGUGAAGAAGCUUUGGAUAUGUUUGGUCCAAAUAAAGAUAUAAAACAGAUGUAAUAAGAUAAAUCAGGAGGAUAUUAUGGUAUCAGUAUAUUAGUAACUGAAAUGUAUAUAUCUUUUAGUGCCUCACUGAACAACUUUUCCAACUGUCUGACUUUAGAGAAUCCCUUUAAAUUCAAAUUUUUUUAAAAGUUGUAAAUUGCGUGUUGACCCCUUUAUUUCCAAGUUCAUUCCAGUCUUACCAAGCCAGUCUCUACACUAAUAAGAGCUAGUUACAGCAUGUGAAUUCCUUAAAAGUUUUAUCACAAAUCUCAUUAGUUUAGGCUUUAAGAAGUGCCAAAGGUUGUGAAAAUUGGCAACCUUGUUAUUUUUUGUGGAUUAGAUUUAAAGACUUAAGGUUUCCCCACUAGAAAAAUUUGGUGCUGAUAAUUUAUUUUUUUCCUUGCUUACAUGCUACUUUUCUUCCCUUCAAGUUGGGUUUGAAGACUAUGGACCAGAUUGUGAUAGCAUGAGGAUAACUGCAUUCUUGGACAUUCCAGGACAGGAUAACUUGGCUCCACUUGCACGUCUGGAAAAAUAUGCUUUUAGUGAUAAUAUAUUUAACAGGUAACAAUGCAAAUAAUUAUGCAAAUGUUGUCAUGUUCAUUUUUCUCUCCUUUUCAUAGAUGUUCAGUGCAGGUAACAUUCUUAUUAUAGGAUUUAACCACAUAUAUUUUUAAGAAUAAUAUUGUGUUGUAUUAAUGUAGUAUAUUCAGUGUUUCUGUUCAGUAGGUUGAACUCCCCACAUUCUUAGAAUGGGGUAGCAAGCUUCUGCCACCAACCACUGCCCUCAAACAAUUUUUCUUUCUCCACAUCCCAGUCUGACUUCAUUCUCUUCCUUUUAAUUUCCUCUUUUUAGCUGUUUCCCUGUAAUUUGCUUUUUAUUUACUUUGUAAAUUGUAUGCACUGCUUGAUUGUAAAGCAAAAACCUUCAGAUAGGUGGGGAGGUAAAACCUUAAUUACAUCCAUAAGGGCCCCUCCCCCAGACGUUUGCUAUCUUGGCACGUUGUGCCCACCAACCAAUAGCCUUUUUUAAAAAAUAGCUAAGUGGAUGUACCCCUCUGGCUCUCAUGCAAUUUGAACUCUGAUUCCUUGGUAUAAUUUGCUUAGCUUUUUGAACAGCACAGCUUCAAAUGUUUUCUAUGGUCGGAGUGGGCCAGAAGCGGAGAAGGGAAUCAGGGCAAAGGGGAAGAUGCAGUGAAUGAAGCCACCUUCCAAUUCUCUAGGGUUGCCAUAUUUCAAAAAGUGAAAAUCCAGACACAAAAGUUGCUGAGCUUUUUUUCUUUCUUUUUCUUUAAGCGAUUUCUGCCCAGACAUAUGGCAACCCUACCAUUCUCCAAACUCCAGUAGUAUCAGAGCAAAGCACCAGCCACAACAAGAUGUUUAAAGACGUAAUUAUAGGUUAUACUUAGUACAACCCUAUGGCAUGUUUUCAUAUUUUUCCGAACAGUGAACAUUGUGGCCAACUUUUGCUUCUGUUAUGUAAAUCUCCAAGCUGCACUAUGUUGCAUUACAUUGUAAAUAUUUAAAAAGUCACCUUACGUCAGUAGACCACCCACACAUGGAACUGAACAGAUUCCACUGUUUUAUAUUGCUCACAAUGCUUGGGUUACAUAUUUCUUCUUAUUAUUAUUAUUUUCAAAAACAUUGCCUUUACAGGCAAAUCAUUGCCAGGGGUCUACUUGAUGUCUUUCGAGAUUUCAGUCACAAUGAAGAAGAUUACUUGACAGUAAUGGCAAUAGUGGUCCGACUGGCUGAAGAUACAGGUGAGAGUUCCAGUUCUUUCUUGAUAUACUAUUGCAUAUGGUUGUUUGCAUGGUCCAUCUAGAUCAGCCAGGUUUUGACUACCAGUGGCUCUCUGGAGUUGCAAACAGGAAACUCUCAGAUCUCUACUUGAAGAUAGCUGGAUUGAAUCUAUGAUCUUCUGCAUGUGAAGUAUUUUCUUUAGCUCACAUUGCUAAAAAUGAAUUUAUUGUCCUGUGCCACUAUUAAGUUCUGUAAUUCCAAAAGAUUUUGCUGCUUAUAUAGAAGUUGCUAUAUUCAAAUGCAGGACAUUCUGUUCAUUGAAUGCAUAUGAUUACCACUUUCAAAUCAGCUAACAUUGUCACUUUAUUCUCUAAAUCCCCAGAGCCUACUGUACGGACAGAAUUAAUGGAGCAGAUACCACCCAUUGCUAUUUUUCUACAGGAGAGUAGACCAAACUUUCCUACCUCCUUUUCUGAAUACCUUAUGCCUAUUGUGGUGAGAUAUCUCACAGAUCCAAAUAACCAGGUAAAAAAAUUCUGGACUUAAGAUUGUUAUCCAGUGUAAUAACAAUGACUUCAAUUGGAGACCCUUAAUUAGACAGUGGCAAACUGUGAUUUAACAAGAAUGAGCUGUGGUGAGCCUUAGGCUCAUACGCUCCCUUGUCCUCCUCUGCAUAGCAGUGAGGAGCAAUUUGAAAGCUUUAGCUUUUGUUUUAGAUUAACCAAUUUAUUGUGACAUCCAAACCUGGACAAACUGUGGUUAACUAUGGUUUGUUGAAACAAGCCAGCUUCAAAAAAUAGUUCAUGAAGCUAGCUUGUUUCAAUAAACAAUAGUUCAGAGUUUGGAUUGCCAUUAAUCGGAAAAAAAGUUCAAGUUUCCGAGCUCAUCCUUUCUGUGCAAUGGAAGGAGAGUGCACUAGCCCAAGACUUGCUAUGGCUUCUUCUCAUAAACUAAGGCAUAAUUUUUUGUUAUGUUUACAUUUUUUAAAAAAUCAAUAAAAUGCGAAACAAAACCAAUACAGUUUUCAAUGUCUGCUUAAAGAGAAUUAUAAAGAAAUGGGGCUGUCAAUGAAAAGGCCCUGUGUCUGGUACCUGCUAGUCUGCUUGGUGGUAGGGGCCUCCGAGGAUAAUCUCAGAACCCAAGGAGGUUCACAUGGGAGCUGAUGCCAAACUAUUUAGGGAUUUAAAAGUCAAAACCACCACUUUAAAUUGAGCUGAGAAACAAAUAGGCAGUCAGUGCAACUGGCACAGUAUUAAAUAUAUUAGCAAGUUGGAAUUCCUUCUCAGGUGGUAGCUGUUUCUGCAGAUGUGAGUAAGAGGCUUGUUUAUAUCAUUAGAGUAUAUGAGAUAGUUCUAGGGUGGAUUGAUUUAAGGUUGUUGCCAUCAUAAUAAAUAACAGUUAUAUAGAUAAGUGAGGAAACCCCCAUUUUUAGUCCUGCACUCUUGCUAUUUUCCUUGAGUCAUAUUCAGGUUCUUGCAUUAGAUUUGUUACAUCUCCUACCCAAGGUAAUAGCUUUUUUCUACCAUCUUAAAUUAAGUGAUGAUGUGACAAAAGCUCUUAAUUUUUUUUGUCAACUUUGUGUUAAAUAUGUAUUCUGUAGUUGACCUCUUUUGUAAUGUUUUAUUUUGAAAUCUUUAAGAUAAUAUUUUAGUUUUCUGUUAAUUUUGUUGCUUUGACUGUAUACUCUAUAUUUGACUUUCUUCAGAAAUGUUUGAUUCUGGAUUGUAUUAUUGAUGUUUUAAUAUGCUGUAAACUGCUUUGAGAUUUUUCUUAAAAAUAUAAAGCGGUAGAGAAAAGAAAUUAUUAUUAAUAAUAAUAAUAAUAGAUUAGCAUAGGGAGGUGGUCAUUUGUAGCUCUGAUAUACUCUUUAAAGCAAGUGUACAAAUCUAAGAUAGAUGUGAGUUUGGAGGUUAUCUUUCAAUAACUGUUCAGGAAAUGACUGUUCCUGAACAUUUCCAAUUUAAUAUAUCUAAAUGAGCGUGUGUGAAGGCCACAAUAAGCAAUCUUUCUAGCUAGCAGGAAACCUUAUCUAGCAGUUCUAGUGUAUGGAUGUAACUCUGGUGCUCACAUGUAUUCUGUGUGAGCUAGAUUGAGUUGAAUCUGAGAUGACCUUUUUCACAGUGCCCUUAUAAUAAUACUUUUACAAACAAAAGGCAGUGUGAUAAGUUAUCAAAUGCAGAAGAACAUGAAUUAGCUUUUCCGAUUUUCAGUGCUGCUGCUACUGCAACAUUUCUUGCAUAUUGGGGGGAAAUUCUUUCUUACUGGUUUUCAUUUUAUCCUUUGUACAUUGAUAGGUUAGAAAAGCAAGCCAGGAUUCACUACUCAUACUACUGGAACAAGGUCUUAUCGGUCAAUAUGAUAUUGAAAAUAAAGUGUGUCCAAUCCUGUUAGAUCUUUCUGCUCCUGAGAGUGAUGAUGAAUACAAAGUAGAAGCUGUAAACGUAAGUAGCAGUUGUCUUUCAUUUGGAAAUUCUUCUAAAUUUGCAGUAGGGAACAAAGUCCUAUAUCUACCAUCUGUACAAAGUUUGUACAUCUGUACAAAGUUAAAUAACUGAAGACUAUACAGGUGUAAUUCAGUCUUUGUUAUUGGCUUCUUAUUCUUGACUGGUCUAGUUUUAAAUUUGUUGUUUAAGUGACGAUACAGUGAAGGAGAGAGAGAGGAGUAAAGGAUGUGCCAGAUGUGCUUGAGUCGGUAUGAGCCACAUGACCAGGCUUAGCCCCUGUUGACCUCACCCUACAGGUGAAGUGAGUUCUAAGGUGAAUAAGGGAAGGGGAAAUGUGGCACUUGUAGGAUAAUCUCUUUAUUGGACUUUCUGAGUACAAGAGUGCUCAUCCUUUUUAGCAUUCGGGUGUCAAGCUGGUAAUGUGAGGAGGGCCUCUGUGUAGGUGUACUAGAGCAGGGGUUGGCAAACUAAGGUUCAUGGGCUGGAUCAGGCCCAAUUGCCUUCAGGAUCUGGCCCGCGGACUCUGGAUCGGCAUGGGGAUUCUGUUCGUUCGGGCUGUGCCAUUUCCCCCCUUGUGCCAUUCCAUUUCCCCCCUCUCCCUCACAAACACCGCGGUGGCGCCUCCUCCCUCCCUCCUCCUGGCUUCUCCCCGCCCUGCCUAGAGGAGGAAGGGGGCUGGGCUGAGCUAGCUGAGCGCCAUUUUAAGCAGCCCCUCUACAGAGCCAGCUCUUUCACGCCGCUCAUCUUCCCUCCGCCACCUGGUGCUCCUGUGGGCCAGAGAGUGGAGCGAACGAGCUUGCUCUGCCUACCCACGAGAAGCAGCAGCAGCAGUGGUGGUGGCAGCCCCAGGGAAGGUAAGCGCAACAGCUGGAGGUGGGGGUGGGGGGUGGGGAGGAUGACUACUUGCCCCCCUCGCCUCUUCUUCCAGCUCUCCCCCACAGUGCCACUUCUCCAGCCCACCACAAGAUCUGAGGGACAGUGGAGCGGCCACGGCUAAAUUUCUUUGCCAACCCCUGUACUAGAGGGACCGAAAAUUAUCUUUGACUGAGAGGUGUAGCUUAAAAACAAACACACAAGAACACUUAAAAAAAAAAAAAGCCUAUGGAGGGCAUUCCACAAUGAUGAGGCCACUGCAGAAGAGCCAAUUUCUUUGCCUCCAUAUUGCUUACUAAAAGAACCCACUCAUAAAAUUUAUCUCUUGGAAGGAUCUAUCAAUCAUUUUUUCUGAUUAGGGAGUCACAAAUCAACUCCUUUUUCACACAUUACUUUCAGCACAAGCUGCUUGCCACCUGCUGUGUCAUCCUCAUGAAUAUUCUGUGACCUGCAAAUAGUUUACAGUCCACCAUUGCAAAUUGUUGAUCUAGAGUUUAGAGAUGGGUCAUAUCCGCACAUUACAGUAAGCCAUAAACCUUGCUUAUCUUGCACAAGUGAAAUUUAGCUGGUGUUGUGAGAAAACAACUCUAGCUUAGUGUUACAGCUAAACCAGAGAUUGUGCUUGUUUUCCUCCCAGCAAACUGUAGUUAAUAAACUAAGAGCAUACUUUAACUGGAGAUCAUAGUUUGUUGGGAGUGAAAUAAAUCAUGACCCCUGGUUUCUCUGUAAUGCUAUGCCAUGGACCACAGUUUGUUUCCUCCCAUCACAGGAGUAGAGGUGAACCCAUAGUUAUGAUUUACAAUGACAUGCAAACAUGACUAUUGAGUCUGUAGGAGCUUGAAGUAUUUUUAAGUAUUAGUAUCUCCUCCUGCUUUCCUUUAAAAAAAGAGGAAUCCUAGAUUAAUGUCAACAAAACCCAGUUGUUCUGAAAGCACAUUGAAAUAUGUUGUCAAAUUUAAAAAGUCUAAGUAAGUUCCAACAUAACGGACACUGGCAGCCACAAAACAGACCACUUAUUCGCAUAAGAACUGUAUAUCAGCCUCAGUAUUAGUUUUCAGUUGCUCUUCGGCUGCAGAAAUUUAAGAAGAACUGGGCAUGUUAUACUCUCUUUCCUUGGCUCUGAAGUCACUGCUGUGUGGUGUUAUCUUAACCUGUUAUCCAUCAAAAUUGUUAUAUUCCAGUUCAGUUAAACCCACAAUGGACCAAUAAUAUAACUGUUUGGAGGAAAAGGUCAAAAUACGGAAAAAGUGUUAUUUUAUUUUCCAGCUGCUAAAAGAAUUAAACUGAAAGAAAAUAUAAUCCUUCCAAGUAGUCACAUAUAGUCCUAUUAAUGGGUUAUAAAUUCCAGCAUUAAAAUAUUUGGCAAUUUUCCCUAAAGGUACUAUCUUAAAGCUAUGUUUCUUCUUGAUGUGGUGUCCAAAAAUCUAUAGCAUUAUUGCUUCUUUUAAAUUUAUACUUGACUAUAAAUAGUUGCUUAAAUUUUCUAAUUCCUAAGUGUAUUGAGUUCUUCAGAUCAUUUGCAAGAAAUCCGUUGUGUAUCCACAAAAUGUGAACAUUCGUAAUUUCAUUUUACCAUGGCUGUCUGACACUUCACCCAUAAAAUGACUUUACCAGCUAGACUACAGUUUCUUGUUUGGGAGUUGCUUAGGCCAAUUUCCAAUGUAGCAUCUGAAUGCCCUAUGUCUUUUUCAAGGACUGACAAUUCCAUUAAAGUCAGAAUAGGAUAAUGUUCUCCAAGUUCUUUCUUUGCAUUCAGUCACAAUUUGAGAAGGAAGCUGUGAUUUUUAAUAACCAUAUACUUUUAAAUAUAUUCUAUAAACAUAUUGAGACUUAAAAAAAAAAAACCCAGCAAAGUUUAGGAGUCUUGUAUUUACAAUAUUUGAAUGAACUUUUGUGGUAUUGGCAAUUUAAUAAUUUUACAAGAGUCUUGGGAUAGGUAGUACAUUCAUGCAGUGUAACAUUUUUAAAAUGUUUAUUUUUAGAAAAUGUUCUAAUUCUUAAUGUUUGAGAAAAAAACUGAUUCUGCUUUUGGAAAAGGUGUUACAGUCAAAGAUGCACAGAAAUUAUUUGGUUUGCUCUGAGGGAUGGGAGGCUUUUAUGGGUGGAAAAAAAGGGAACUGAAUGUUAUACCCUGAUUUUAAUCAAAAAUUGGUUCCUAAGCAAGGCCUUUCCAUUGGCUGAACUCAGAAACUAGCAACAUUUGGCUCCUUUUCUCCUUUCAUAGAAUCAUAGAGUUGGAAGAGACCACAAGGGCCAUCGAGUCCAACCCCCUGCCAAGCAGGAACUUUGAACUCUUUCUAAUCCAACUGGUUGUUACAAGAAAUCUUUAACAAAGAACUAGCAGCUGAGUUUGCUUUCUCUCUCUCUCCCCACUUCCUGUCCCCUUUACUUCUGUGCUAUGCUUUUUAGAUUGUAAGCCUAAGGACAGGGGCUAUCUUACUACUGAUAUUUGUAAGCUGUUCUACGAGCUUUUUCUUUUUCCUGAAAAGUGAGGAAAAAUUGCUUUAACCAAAUAAAUAAGUAAAUAUCUGCUGAAUUUGAUUUCUAAGCCAUAAGAAGUUCAUAUACAGAAGUCACAUUGUCUAACAUAAUUUUUAACAGAACUGCUAAGUUUCAAGAGGAGAACUUUAAAUGGAGAGAAAGAAUUGAGAUAUUUUUCCCCUAUUAGAUAAUCUGCAAAAUGGCUUCUAUGGUGAAUAAAUCAACCGUUGAACAGUUGCUGCUUCCCCGAUUCUGUGAGCUCUGUGGUGAUGGGAAACUCUUUCAAGUCCGGAAGGUUAGUGCUUAUUAUUUAACACUUAUUUGUGCAUCUACAUUAGAAUUUAUCUGUUCAAAUUUGGAGGUUAAAUUAUCUUCAUCUGUAAGUACCAGUAAAACUCAGUGUGUUUCUCUCGUCUCUCUGUGUGUAUGCCAUUAAAGAGCAACGUUUUCUUUUUCAUAUAUUGGCCAAAAUAUAGAUUCCACUUUAGUGAAAUGUACAGGUAACUCGCAACGUACACUUAUUUAAAAUAAGUUCUUGCAUCUUUACACCUGUUGCUGAAAAAUAAUAAUUGCAAGAUUGCUGUUCUGGCUUUACAUGGUUUUGCUUAUACACACAAUGAUGAGGAAUGUAACCCCACGUAAGUUGUGAGUUACCUGUACAUAAAGUUAAUCACGUACUUGUGCUUUCUUGAAUAAGGGCCACAGAAUUGAUGAUCCUAUAUUUCCUUUCAGUCAUUUCCUGCUUAUCACACAUUCUCUAUUAAAUGUGUUGAGCAGCUGUUAGUAUGCAUUAAAAUAUUUGAGUAGCAUACCCUGUAGACUUUUAUGCAGUUAAUAUGAUUAAUAAUGCCUGCAAGUAGGAAACAUACAAUAAAAGUAUAUUUUCUGGGUUGGGAGUGUAGGCAGCAAGCUUCUUUCUAAAACAAGUUCUUACUCUGUGAAGGACUGUAAUUUGAUCAGUUUAAAGAAAGACAUACAGAUUCAGAAUUGAUACAUAAAAGCAAACCAAGUUUUUGUUUCUCUUGUUUUAGGUUUGUGCAGCAAACUUUGGAGACAUUUGCAAUGCUGUGGGGCAAGAAGCCACAGAAAAGAACUUGGUAUGUUAAGGUUUGGGGUCUUGAAGCUAUGUCAUUUCAUUAAAUUUAUAGAGCAGCCCAUCAAUAGUAUCUUACAUAUUAAAGUCUUACAUAUUAAAGAGUCUUACAUAUUAAAGUAUCUAAAUACUAAAAAUGCAACAGAUAAUCAAUAAAAUCCACAAUAAAAAACAGGGGGGAAACUCCUAACUGCUCAGACAAUAUAAUAAAACAAUGUGCAGUCUGGGUGAAUAAAAGCUUUUUCAUCUAGCACUAAAAACACCAUCAAGAAGGUGUCAGGCUAUCCUCUCUGUGGAGGCUAUUCUGUAGCCCACAUGCCACUCGUCAAAAGCCUGUCUUUCUGAUAAUCAGCUACAUCUAUUCACUUGGUAAGGGCACCUGGACAGGACCUCUAAAGAAUAUAUUUAGGGUCAGGUAGGCAAAUGUGGGAAGAGGUGAUUUUCAGGGAACCUAGUCCUAAACCAUUUAGGGCUUUUAAUACAUUUAACACAGAACUGGUUUAAGCCAAACCUCUAAGGAAAAGAGAGAAUCCAGAAGUGCAUGCUUUCUUUUGAUGAAGUGUGUCUGAUGCACUGUCUCUGGACACCCUUGAAAUCAAACCUUGGAGCAACUCCAUCAAAUGCACCAAGGCACACACAUAAUGCGGCUUAUGAAUAUAUGAUACUGGGUGGGUGUUGGAUGGCUGAAGAAUACAUCAAUGUUACUUAAAAACAGCAACCCGUGCUCAUAGCAGCACUGUAACAAGAAGGUUGUUUUGAUCCCAUGCUAGCAGCUUGCUUUCUAUCUUUCUCUCUCCUCCCCCCUGAGACUUGUAAAACUAAAGUCUCAGAAAUUCAUCCAUGUGUCAGAUUUCUCCCUCAAGCUAAAACUGUCGUGCUUGAUCUUUAGCUAGCCAUGGUGGUUGCUAUUGAUAACUUCAAUUUGCAAGGAUAAUCCUUCAGCAUUAGCAUUCCAUCUUUAAGCCUUGCUGAAAGGACAUUAAUAUUUGUAAAGGUAUCUGACCCUGCUGUCAGCUUCUCUUCACGGAUUGAAAUAAAUCAGAUUGACGGUCUCAGGCAGCUUAGCUUUCUUCUGUGACAUAAGUAUCUGUUUAUGUGCAACUACAUGUAGUAUUUGUAGCCAGAAUUACCAAAUUACCAAAAUAAACCUGAAUCCUUUAAUUUAUUUGUUAACUUGAUGCCAUUUGCUGCUGUUUGCUAGAAGCUGCUAGCCAAAUGAUGUUUUCAAAAGAGAACCCUUACUUGAAACCUCAAAUAAUUAUUUGGAAGUAAAUGUCUUCACAGUAGAUGUGUUGAGGGCUGCAGUGCAAUCAGUAAAAUUGCUAUUUUAGAACUGUUUGAUCUGAUAUGUCUUUAUUUUGGUAGAUUCCGAAGUUUUUUGAGCUCUGCUCUGAUAGCGUUUGGGGUAUGCGAAAAGCUUGUGCUGAAUGCUUUAUGGCUGUCUCCUACACCAUUUCACCUGAAGUUAGGAGAAGCAAGCUGUCUCCCCUCUUUAUUAGUCUCAUCAGUGACCCUUGCAGAUGGGUAAGUAGAGAGUGAAUUAGUCCAUCUUAAAUUGCAGUUGUACUUUUCUGUCUUUUGAUAAAUGACCAUGACUAGCUCAAGUGACAAUUAUCGAAUGUUUUAUUUGACUUGCUCCUCUCAGCUAAUUAAUUGCAAGUCAUUAAAGCUCUGUUUCUGUUAGCUGAUGCAUGAUGGAAGCUUUUUAAGCAAGCAAAUAGUAGUUCAGCUGUCAAAAGCAGACUUUAAUCAACUCUUCAUGAUUGCAUAUUGAUCAGCUUUCUCCUUUUGCUUCCAUACAGAGAUGACUUGUGACAGCCCUUCUAAUUUAGAGUUUAUUCUGUUGUAAAUGUUCAUGGUCCCGAUGGACCAUCUUACUUUUUCAAAACACAUCUCUUCAGUGAAGCCUUUGGCAUAAGUCCUUAGCUGCAAAACAUAAAAGUAAUACUGUUAUGCUAAGGUUCAAAGGAAAUUAUCUUGGUGUAUUUUUUUGUUAAAUCCAUACUCGUAAUAAUAUCCUAUAGUUUGCUCAAAAGUUAUUUUUAUUCUUUAACAAUUAGGUUUUUAAGCACUAUUAGUUACCUCAAAGCAUUAUCUUAUUUGUUAACAAGUAGUAAUAUGUCUCAUACUGAUAUUUUUCCUUUUAUUUUUUUUUUAAACCAAAGUGUAGUAGUGUGUUUGAUUUUUCUGCUGAUGUAAGCUCCUUAACUUGAGAUGAAUGAAAUGUCAUUCUUGAAGUGUUGGCUAUGAAUUCUAGCACCCUGUUUGAGUGAGGAAACUUCAGUCUCAGUGAUCUCUUUCUGGACUGACUCAUUGACAUGUACAUAAAUACCAUGUGUGAUUUCUGUUGCUGAAUGUUCAUAGCCCAGGCAUCUGGGGCUGCAUGUGCAUUUUCUCCUGCUAGACUGGAGAGUUGUAUAUGAAGUGCCUAGUAGCUGGUCAGUUGCUAGCUUUGAAAGCACAACAGACCACCUGCUUGGGGGAGAAUGUGGACUUAAUCCAGGCACCAAUUACCUGUUACGUUUCAGAAAUGGAUUCCCCUCCUUCCAGUAAGUAACCCAUAUAAUGCAAAACAAUGUGCAGCUGCAUUCUCAUGAUAUCUGUUGAUGCCUUAUAGCUAGCUGUUUGAUGUUUGACAUUGGUCCAAAUCCCUGAAACGGUUAAAACUUGCCUCAUUCUGGCAGUGAAAUUACUGUAUACUAUUAUCCUUGCCCUAAUGCCUUCCAUUUAGUUGAUUGGGAUACUUUGGAAUCAUAUUGGAACAGCAAAGUGUACACUUGUCUCCAGAAGUAUAGUUAUCAAGCCAGUUGUGUCUUCUUACUUUUCCAAUACCGUAGGUUCGUCAAGCUGCUUUCCAGUCCCUCGGGCCUUUUAUUUCUACUUUUGCAAACCCUUCCAGUGCUGGUCUUUACAUUCGGGAGGAUGGGACGCUUAGUAUCCGGCCUUCCAGUCCAUGCCCAACAGGCAACAAUGCAAAUGACAUGCCAUCCAGGUACAGUGAUUUGGCUUAAUUUAGUUUAUCGCCUAGUUCUCAUGUGACAUUAAAUCAUGGGUCUUCCUCCAUCCCACUGCUGUUAGGACACAAGCCAAGAUCUGACUUGCUGUGAUGCCUGAACCCAGGUUCGUGGUCCCCCUCCCACCCCCAAUAAACCAUGUGCAGUAAGUCAAGAACAAAUCUUAGUUACUGUUUGUGGCUUCCUUGGAGUGAAUCAAGCCAUGAGCCUGGGUUCAGAUGUUGUAACAAGCCAGUAAGUUGUGAGUUCACAUUAAAUUAUAGUUUGCAGAUUAUAUUAAACCUUGAACUCUAUUCUUUGGUCCAAGACAAUAACUGGUCCAAGACACACCCAUACCUUAAGUAGUAUGGUGUCUUUUACUUGUUUUUCAAAUCAAUUAGUCUGCAGUUUCAAUGCAAUUCAUAUUUUUAAGUUCUUAAAAUAAAGUGAGAGAGGGCUUCUAUCAGAUAACAUUUAGAUAACAUAAACUUCAAAAUACACAGAAAAGUGUCCUUGUGAUAAAAGCUGGUAGUUUCGGAUGUCAUAUUUGCACACCUCAGUAUCAGUUAAGGACAUCUUAGGAGGUCUGAAGCUAACCAGCUGAUUUAAUGAAGCAUCUUUGAAAGCAAGAUUUUAGAGAAAAGUUGCAAUUAUUGCAGUUAAAGUAUUACCUAAGAUACUAUGUUUAAGUGAAAUUUGUUUUUUCAGUUUUUUAAAAAUGCUGCUUCUGUUUCCAGUCCAGAGGAGCAAGUGGGGGAAAAAUUGGAAUCACUGACAGACGGGCCUUCUGCUAGCUGUGAGAAUUCAAAUUCAGAUGCAACGGAAGACAGUUCAGCCAUACAAGUAAACAUUGGAGUAGAUCAGACUAUAUUGACUCAGAGUGAUAAUGCUGAUCCUUAUGUGACCAAGGAUAUUAAGGAAUGUCAAAUCAACAGUUAUCAGGAAGUGAACUCAAGGGUCCAAUCAGCAGAGGAUGUGUUCAAUACCUUCUUAUACUGGCGUCCUCCUCUUCCUGACAUAAGUCAGGAUCUAGAACUGCUUCAGUGCAAAACUGAAAUACACGAAGAGAGCUGCCCGGUGUCGGAAGUUCUUUGUAAUAAUUGUGUUGCCAGCAGUGAGAUAAAAAAAGUUCUGCAGAGUUUGCAGGAACACAUGGAUGACCCAGAUGUUCAAGGUAAGAUCUUACGCUCUUGUGUUCUUAGACCCUUCUUCAAAAGAUUUUGCUCUGGGAAACAUGUUGCUCACAGUUGUUUUAUUAUAAUGAAGAACUAUUCUGUCUUAGGAUUGCAUGCAGUUCCCUUUAACCACAAUACAUUCCAGCUAUAUCUCUCUAUAGUUAACAAAUGGGAAGUGCCGUCUGGCUCCAGCAGCAUUUGAUGAAAACUUCUUGCUGUUCUAAAAAGCAUUUUACUGCUUGAGUUGUCGUAGGAAGGAGGGCAGUUGUGUUGGCACUUGGGUGCUGCCACAGUACAGCCUUCACUGAGGUCCUCAGCUUCUUCCUUUCUGUUUAGAAUUGCAUCUAAAAGUGGACUGCAGCUCUGUAAGAAAAAAGAGCCAUUAGGGUUUUGAAGGUUGAUCUCAAGAUUCCUAAUAUCAGCUCUGAAUUCAGCUGGUAUAAUGGCUUCUAGUGUAGUUUGUCUACAGAAACUAGAUCAGGUAUCUGGUUUUUUGAACUUUAAAUAAAAGCAGGAUUUAAACACAGUCCUGUUUACUCAGAAGUCUUCAGUAGGGUUUACUCCUCAGUAAGCAUCCAUAGGAUUGCUGCUUUAGUCACCUUUCUCCUAGCUGAUCACCAAGGCAAAAUUAAGCCUCUCUUGUGCAGUAGUAGCUGUUGGUAAAACCAAGAUGUAUGGUAUAUAUGAUAACACAAUAGGAUCUAAUAAAUUAGGCAUAAGAAAUGAGAGCAGAGGGCAAAGCAGGCCAAAGUAGAAAUGUGUUUAUUAGGACCAGUAAAGAGGUUCUAGUUAUUGCACUAAAAAUAGAAAUAGUGUUAGCUUGGGAUCCAAAACAUCCUGGGCCAGGUCUUCUCUACAUCUAUGAACUUUAAAUUUCAGUAUUGUCAUCUUUGUGAUGUUUUAUGUAUCUCACAGCAGAAUCCCAUAUGCUUACUCAGAAGUAAUUUUUUUGAAUUCAUGUAAAUGCUUACAGGAUUGCAGCUGAAAACCACCUAUACUUAAUCUGUAAAUAAGUUAUAAUCUUUCAAAAAUGUAUCUGAGAAUAGAAUUUCCGUAUAGGCACAGAGGCAUUGAUAGACAAAUUUGUGAAGAAUAGGUCUUACCCCUUUCAAGAACUACUGUGUAAUAAGUUAAUAUUAAAAGUUUUGCAGUUCUCAGUCUUUCAUUGUUCAAUUUUCAAAGCUUUUUCUGCUCCUUUUGAGAGGGGUUUUCUGACAUAGGUUUUUAGGACUUGUAAAAGGAGAUGCAUGAAAACAAACUUAAUGGGACUUGUUCCAUUUGAUCAGCUCAGGUUCAAGUACUGUCUGCUGCACUUAGAGCUGCUCACCUUGAUUCUGUCGGUUGCUUUGAGAUCAAGCAGAAUGAAGAAGUUAAUGGGAACUACCCAGAAGAUACACCAGGUUUGGUCCUUGAUCCCAGUUCAGUGAAUGAGAACACCUUAUCAUCACUGCCAAGCCAGGAUGAGGCAAUUAACCCACCCAGUCCAACUGUGAUUAAAAAUAUGGUAAGUUUUGGUCAUGGCAGGAAAAAUAAGUGUGUUUUUCAGGGGAGGGGGGGGUUAAUGGCUUGUCAGUCAUUUUGUACCACUAAAUACUUCUACUUACUUACGGUAGUCUGACUUGUAGUCUGCCACCCUGAAAAUGCAGGGCACUGAGCCUAAACUUAAAAUAGCAGCCAAAUGUAACUAGCAGAGUGCACUAAAUCAUGCCUGUGUAUUUAUCUAAACACAACUGAGUAUGAGUACUGGCUUUAUCCCAGCCCCUGAAAACCAGUCCAGAUACCAAGACCUUGCCUUGCAAUGCUUCAAACAAAUGCUUAGACUGGCAGAUCCCCAGGAGAAAGGAAUCUGAGAAUUAUAGAUUGGCCACUGAGAAUGGCACCUUCAGUAGGAUGUAGGAAAUGUUGAAAGUAGUAUCAUCAUGGUAGAUGGGGUAGAAGAACGAAUGAACCUUUGAAAUUUCUACAAUAUGUACCAGAGCAAAUUAAGAACCAGGCUCCAUAAAUAAGAAUAGAACCACUGCAAAACUGCCCCCAACCCAGAGCUGGUCCGGGGAGAUACCAUGAUCAGUGGUAUCAAAAGAUGCUGGGAUAUUGAGUCCCUUUGCUAAUAAAGGCCAUCCUUCUGGCCGAUCAAAUAGCCAAGCUAGACCUAGAUCCAGAUUGAAAUGGACCCAGAAGUUGAUGGAUUCCAACUCCCAUAAUCCACAGCCUUUGACCACGCUAGCUGGGGAUGAUGGGAGUUGGGAGUCUAACAACAUCUGGAGGACCACGUCCCCAUCCGUGGUAUUAGCAGUCAUUUUUCUCCAAGUGUGCCUAGAGCUGAGCCACCACUACCCUCUCAAACACUCUGCUUAGGGAGGGCAUGUUUGCAACCAGGUUAUAGUGGUUGUAUAUCUCUGUGUCAAAGGUGGGUUUUCAAAAGGAGAGUUGCAUUGCCCCUUUUAUAAGGUUUCAGGCAACACCCCUCAUGCAGUUGUGCAUUCAUCGUACCCUGGCUACCUCAAAUUAGCCAUGACUGACAAGGAUUGAGAGGACACACAGUUAGUCAAAUCACUGCAAGCACCUUGUCCACAUCCUCAGGCCUCAGAAGCUGAAAAUUAUCCCCCCAAAAGUCUAGGUGGUGCAUUGGAUACUUCAUCAGGACUGAUCACAACAGUGGCAUCUAAGACUUUGCAGAGGUAAGUAAUUUUAUCCUCAUGGUGCCUGCUGCUGCAGGCUUUUGAGAAUUGUAAUAACCCAUUCACCAGGUUAGAGCUUAAUAAACUUCACACCACUCAGUGUCAUGGCAGCGGGGGCAGUAAAGUAGACCUUCACUGCCACCGAAUAGGUAUGAUUAUGUGCUAUAACACAUGUUCAGUCAUCUUAUUUUUAUUUACCCAUCAAAUUUAUAUCCCACCCUUCCAGAGUGGCAAACAUAUUUGUAUUAAAAUUAAAAGUAGAAUAAUCACAUUUAAAAAUAUCUAAAAGAGUGAAACGCAAUAAACCAUGUAACCGGUUAUGUGUUUGAAUAGGCCAACGAAAACAGAAACGUUUUCAUGUGGCAAGUUCUUUGCAGAGUUCCAUGUCCUUUUUACUCUAGGCAUGAUCCAGCCUGCUCCAUUGUCCACAACUACUCAUAAUAACCUGGGCUAUUGAUACGAUUGAAAGAGAUCACAUCAAUGGCCCAUUGCAUCUUGCCGUUCAGUAGCAAGACAAGGGCCUUAGUGGAACUGCCAGCUCCGUCAGAAAAUCCCCCAGAGCAUUCAUGAAUUCAUGGAUUGCAUAAGUCUCCAGUGAGGAACUGCUGCUGUGAGACCACUGGGCUAGACUCACUGGGCUAGUAACAAACCAAGACAAUCCCAUGGGUGUCAUGGAACCUUUGAAGUCUUGUAUGAAUAUAGAACCUUUUCUCUGUGCUUACAUCUUUGUAUGGCUUAGCAUAGUUUUGAUUACAUUUUUUAGCACUGCAGCAUGGAUUCAAUUUUUACAUAGAUGUUCACUGUUCGUGUUGUACUGAAUUUUAAUGCGGUGCCCCAGAUACUGUUUUGUUCUUUCCAUAAAUGCAUAUUAUGCACUUUUACAGGACUCAGAAGAGCAACACAGUGGGGACAACAAAGCUUUAGAGGCAGAAAAGAAUGAUCCCCUUCAUGAAGAAGAGAAAUCAAAAUUACAGGUUGUUUCAACUAUUUCUUAAUGAUGUGCUAUAGGGAAGUUCAUCUCCCAUAAAUUAAACAUUUUAGACCAUGUCUAGAAGCCAGCCUUAGUAUUUUGGUUCUGACAGAAUCUGAAGUAUAAGCUUUUUUUGUGAACUGCAAUGAAUAUAGACUUAAAGGCUGAUCAGGCCUUCUUUUCUCAGCCUUGUUAUGAGCGUGGAUCGUUCUUGGACAUGCACCCAUGUCCUGCUUUCUUCCUGCUCUGUCUCAUUCACCAGCUUCAGAAAGUAACAUGUGACCAAGGCCCUAAAUCAGGUUUAUUAUGGGUAUAAUUUGCAUAGUUAAAAUAUACAAACAAAUUCUCUAUAUAAUUUAAUAAUGCACACAAAUUGCUAUUUUCAGUUGUAAUUUGUAACUCAUAUCCAUCUGAACUUCAUGUGUAUGAACUGUUUCCCAUGACAGAGCUGACAAAGUUUGGCCUGCUGUGUAUUCUGUAACUGCUGCUGUUUUUAACGUGCUUGUUUUCACUGCGCAGUUGCCAUCUGGAGCGGGGAGAUGGAACGCUAUACUUGAACAGAUGUCUUUCAGGGCUGACACAUUCUUUCUCUGGUUUAAUUUAUUAUUAUCAUCAAUAAUUUAUUUAUUUUUUUGUCUCCAGGAUAUCAUACCUCAGCCUUUAUUGGACCAGUACUUAUCUAUGACGGACCCUGCUCGAGCACAGACUGUUGAUACGGAAAUUGCAAAACACUGUGCGUACAGCCUUCCUGGUGUGGCCUUAACACUUGGUAGGCAGAACUGGCAUUGUUUGAAAGACACCUACGAGACCCUGGCAUCAGAUGUACAGGUAAAGCACAUGGCAGUCAAGUAUCACAUGUUUUACAGGUGUAUGUGUCAGAUUUGUAAGGAGCAUGAGAUAUUUAGUGCACAUUCGCCUGUGCUAGUUUGCCUAACGGAGCCCCAAAAGUUCCCAUCAGCUACAAGGACUGGGAGAAGGAGAAGCUUCAUAAAACUUAAACCUUUCAAAUUCCAUAAAGUGCUUGCUUUCCUCACAGGCCCAUAAUAACAUUACAGUUCAUUUUAACUAAUCCAGCUUCAGGCUGUCAGGAUAGCAGGUUGAAGAGAGCAUCUUUCCUAGCCAAUAUCGAGAGGUGCGCAUAUGCACAAUGCAGCCAAGAACAAAGUUCAUUUUAUGCUUAAAAAUAAAAUGUCCCAUUUACUUUCCAUGAACUCUGUGUAGCUUAAGAUAAAAUGAAACAAUCUAUAUGACAUACAGUGUCUGCAUGAGUCGGGUUAUUAUGUUUUUAAUUAAACUUGCUAUAUAUGUCCCUCCCUCUCAAAUUCUUUUCGAGUUAAGAAAUGAUAUUCCUGGCAGAUGCAAUGCUAGUGGUAUUUGGGGCCCUAAUCGUUUCCACCUUGAGGUGGAAGGUUGGUGAAUAAUUCUACAGAGGUAUAACUUUAUGCUGUGGAAUGAGACUAAGGAAGUUUUUGCUUCUUGCAAAGCUUCCCAGAAAGCACAACUUUUUACUGUCUUCAUGCAAACUGUUCUACUAUUGCCAGGGGGAAGCAGUAGGCAUCAUAGCUAACCAAUCCUGUUAUCCUCCUGGACUCUGUUGAGUUCAAAGACCAAGAAUGAAGUUAGAAUCUGGCACAAUCAACUCAGGAAAUUGGAAGGACAAGACAGAGAAGAGGCCUUUUAAAAAAAAAGCUAAUGCUUUGUGCUUGGUUGCACUUGUGGUUUGAUAGCUUAAAUUUGCUAUAUUUGCUCAGCAGUGUUCAGUCUUGUUUUUCAUUUUUGUUAACUGUUUACAGUGGAAGGUGCGUCGGACACUCGCUUUCUCUAUUCAUGAGCUGGCUGUUAUUUUGGGAGAUCAGUUAACAGCAGCGGAUCUAGUGCCUAUUUUCAACGGCUUCUUAAAAGAUCUGGAUGAAGUGCGAAUUGGAAUCCUUAAACAUCUUUAUGACUUCCUUAAGGUAGAUGGAGAUAAGUCGUUCAUGUUUGCUCUGUUUCAGCUAUAUUUUUCUUAGAGGCAUGCCCCUCUAAGAAAAUAUAUUUCCCAAUCUGCACUUUCAUAGUGGGCAUAAUGGAUGAUUUUCCAUUGUUAAUCAUACUUAGAGAAGUCCCACUGGUAUCACUCUGUGACUGAAGGCCCCCUAAGUCUGUGUACCAGCCCAAACCUCUGUAAUAUCUAACUGCAAAUGUUAUAUAUGUCCAAUGCAAAGUUGACCCUGGUAUGUAGAUAGUGUGCAUACAUAGGCCUUGCUUUUAAGUAUUGUGCUGCACUGAUACUGGUGAAUGGCUUAGGCAGCCACUGUACAGAGAAUGUAAUGUUUAAAUUGGUCUUAAAAUCAUGAACACAUUGCAUAAAGAAGUUGAAGUUACAUGAAACAAUAAUUACUGGUCAGCAUUAUCAGGAUCUGCUUCCUAAUUGAAAUAUCUGCAAAUGUUUUGACUACUUGAACCUUUGAAAUUAAUGACGAAUGAAAUGGGAUACUUUAUAUUAGCCCUGUGCUUCCAUUGUCAGAAACAAAUUACAACUGAGAUUUAUUUGUUAUACAGUGGUGCCCCGCAAGACGAAUGCCUCGCAAGACGAAAAAUUCACUAGACGAAAGAGUUUUCCGUUUUUUGAGUCGUUCCGCAAGACGAAUUUCCCUAUGGGCUUGCUUCGCAAGACGAAAUGUCUUGCGAGUUCUUGCGAGUUUGUUUCCUUUUUCUUAAAGCCGCUAAGCCGUUAAUAGCCGCUAAGCCGCUAAUAGCCGUGCUUCGCAAGACGAAAAAACCGCAAGACGAAGAGACUCACGGAACGGAUUAAUUUCGUCUUGCGAGGCACCACUGUAUUAUUGUCCUUCUGUUAGGGUAGUGUACAUACCUCAGGGCACUGGGCGUGGUUUUCUCUCUCCCCAUUUUAUCCUAAGAGCCCUGUUUAGUAGCUUAGGUUGAGGUCUGGUUCCGCCGUAAUUGGAAGCCAUGGUUUCCUACUGCAUGAGCAGCCCUUGUCGGUCUUGGGUUUGUGGGCUUCCUUCUCUUUCUUCUUCUUUCAUGUACCAGAGGAGGAGAUUGGAAGCUUAUGCUUCAUAUUUCAAGGAAGCCACAGUUCAUCAUUACAUCACAGCUUAGGGAACUGUGGCUUGUUUAGUAAGAACAAACCGGGAUCAAAUUGUGGAAGCUCACAUGUCUGAUGCUAACUAUUGUUUAUUCAUGAAGUUACGUCUGAGCUGGCAAACCCAAGGUCAACAGGUUAGCUUCAUGGCAGAUCAGGGUCUAAAGUCCAGGCCUGAUCCAGCACUAAACUCUACAGCAGACUAGCAUUUAACCUGAAUGAGGAAAAGUUGUUCUUAGGAAAGAAAUGUUUAAUGCUUCAGAAUUGUGCUAGAUUAAUAUUGAAUAUGAUCUACUAGUCUUCAUGCUAGUUGCUAAUAGGUUCAGUUGUGAAGUAUUAAUUCAUUUUGGAUUUUGUUUUGUGGGGGUAGUUGCUUCAUGCUGACAAAAGACGUGAGUACCUUUACCAGCUACAAGAAUUUGUGGUUACGGAUAACAGCAGGAAUUGGCGGUUUCGUUAUGAGCUUGCAGAGUAAGUGAAACUAGUUUCGGUUUUGUAUGUAUUUGCUAUUUAGUGGUUUCUAUUUGGCUUUGUCUUUUUUUUUUUUUUUAAAAUGAUUUUUAUUAAAAUUUCAGUGAAAGAUUAAACAGAAAAACAUAGAAAAAAAAUACACAAAUACACAAUACAUAAUAAAAAACAGAGAAAACAAAAAAGAAAGAAACAGAACAGUUAAAAAACAAUAUCACCUUUUUAUUUCCGUUUUUGAAUUUACUUAUUUUCUGGACCUCCCCAUACCUCCCUCUUUUGUAUUCCAGUCCAAAUUGUUUGUCCAGCAAUUUCUUUUCCACUUUUUUAAUCCCAAUCUUUAAUCUUAAUAUAAUAUAUCAUUAAAAUUUUACCUCUUAAAUACCAAAUUUCCAUUUCCUUCAACUUUUUUAAUCCUAAUCUUUAAUUAGUCUAUCUAUAACUUUAAAUCCUGUACAGCUGGAAACCACUUAUUUUUAAUCCAACAUCACUCUAACAUUCUUUAAUUUUGCAGUGUUUCUGUAGAUAAUCUUUGAAUUUCUUCCAAUCUUCCUCCACCGACUCUUCUCCCUGGUCACGGAUUCUGCCAGUCAUUUCCGCCAAUUCCAUAUAGUCCAUCAGUUUCAUCUGCCAUUCCUCCAGCGUGGGAAGUUCUUGUGUCUUCCAAUACUUUGCGAUGAGUAUUCUUGCUGCUGUUGUUGCAUACAUAAAGAAAGUUCUAUCCUUUUUAUCACCAUUUGGCCGACCAUGCCCAGGAGAAAGGCCUCUAGUUUCUUCAGGAAGGUAUAUUUAAAUACCUUUUUAAAUUCAUUAUAUAUCAUUUCCCAGAAAGCCUUAAUCUUUGGGCACGUCCACCAAAGGUGAAAAAAUGUACCUUCAGUUUCUUUACAUUUCCAACAUUUGUUAUCGGGCAAAUGAUAGAUUUUUGCAAGCUUGACUGGGGUUAUGUACCACCUGUAUAUCAUUUUCAUAAUAUUCUCUCUUAAGGCAUUACAUGCCGUAAAUUUCAUACCAGUGGUCCAUAACUGUUCCCAGUCAGCAAACAUAAUGUUAUGUCCAACGUCUUGUGCCCAUUUAAUCAUAGCCGAUUUUACCGUUUCAUCCUGAGUGUUCCAUUUCAGCAGCAAGUUAUACAUUCUUGAUAGAUUCUUAGUUUUGGGUUCUAACAGUUCAGUUUCUAAUUUUGAUUUUUCCACCUGGAAGCCAAUUUUCUUGUCCAAUUUAAAUGCUUCCAUUAUCUGAAAAUAAUGAAGCCAGUCUCGCACUUUGUUUUUUAGUUUUUCAAAACUCUGCAAUUUCAGUCUAUCUCCCUCUUGUUCCAAAAUUUCUCAAUAUUUCGGCCAUUUGACCUCCAUAUUGAGCUUUUUCAAGGCUUUCACUUCCAUUGGUGACAGCCACCGGUUUCUAUUUGGCUUUGAAUUAUAGCAAGGGCCACUUAAAAGCAGGACUAUAAAUCUAUGCAGCCGAUCAUUCUGUGUAAUAACACUGACAUCUAGUGUAGAACCUUGUAAUUUCAGUACAAGGUUCUCAGUUCUAAGUGACAAGUAUCAUAUCCGUCUACAUUUCUUAUUAUGGUUGUAAUAUCGGCUGUGUGGAUUCCAAAAUAUAAAGUGUCUAAUAAGACAGUAGUAGUAGUUUGUACUUUGCUUUCAAAAUUCGCUGAUGUUCUAAACGCUGCAGCACAUUUGCUGAUAGGAGUGAGACCCUAACACCUCUUCUCAGAGAUCUGCACUGGUUUCCAAUUUUAUUACUGGGCCAAGUUCAAGUCAGUUAUUGAUGCUAUAUAAUAGCCUUCUAAGAGCUUACUUAUAGGAUCCACUUUAUCCCAUAUGUGCUCACUUGACAGCUUUGAUUUGUGGAACUGGCACCAUUACAGAUGCCACACAGCACUCAGUUGUGCACUUGAAAUUGACCAAUUGUUCUUUUGGUGUGGCCUCAGCCCAACACUUUCUCAAUAGGCAGGUGCCUUCACUGUAUUGCCAUUUUUGCUGUCAUGCUUGAAUCCUUAGGUGUUUAGGCAAGCAUAUCCAGACAUGUUGAUGUCUGACAUGUUCUAAACUCUCUCUAGUUUACAGCUGGUGUUAGAUUGUUUCUAAAAUAACUUGGUUUUUAACUGCUGUUCAUUUUAGGGUUCUGUGUGUAAACUUCUCAGAUGUCUUGUAAACUACUAGAUGAAAUAGUAUAAACCUUUUAGCUAACUAGAUUACCAGGCAUCUGUUACGUCAAUACUAAACCCAUCUUCAGCAAGAAGAUAGAAUGGCCAUCCUAGUGGUGCAGCAGUAAAACUGCUAGUACAUUUGCAAAGCUAAGCAGGGUCUGGUAUGAUUUUGGAUGGAACUGAGAUUCCUGUAUUGCAGGGGUUGGACCAGCUAACCCCCAGGCUCCCUAUCAUAGAAUCAUAGAGUUGGAAGAGACCACAAGGGCCAUCGAGUCCAACCCCCUGCCAAGCAGGAAACACCAUCAGAGCACUCCUGACAUAUGGUUGUCAAGCCUCUGCUUAAAGACCUCCAAAGAAGGAGACUCCACCACACUUCUUGGCAGCAAAUUCCACUGUCAAACAGCUCUUACUGUCAGGAAGUUCUUCCUAAUGUUUAGGUGGAAUCUUCUUUCUUGUAGCUUGGAUCCAUUGCUCCGUGUCCAGUUAUCUGGAGCAGCAGAAAACAACCUUUCUCCCUCCUCUACAAUUCUAUGAUUCUUUACCAAUAAGACAGUGUUGUAAAUUAUUAUUUCUCUUUUAUUUUAGGCAACUCAUUUUGAUACUGGAGCUCUAUAACCCCAAUGACGUAUAUGACUACUUGCGGCAUAUUGCACUAACACUCUGUUCAGAUAAAGUUUCUGAAGUCAGGUGGAUCUCCUUCAAGCUGGUAGGCCUUUUGUACUUUCCCUGGGUCUACAUUUGCUAUACAUGUUAUAUUUUCUUUUACAAGACUUGCUGCCCUAAUUUUCACUAUAAUUUUCCUGUGAUUUCUCCUGUGUAUUUAAAGACUAAAACAAUUACUAUUAAGGGACAAAUAUGGAAAACGUUUAGGCAUUUGUUGCACCAGCAUUGCCACCUUUAGUUGUUACUAUUCAUGACCUGAUUUUUUCCUUUGAUUUCCUCCCCCCCUCCAGGUCGUGGCAAUAUUACAGAAAUUUUAUGCAAACAGUGCAAACUCUCUGGGUUUAAAUUUCAUUAAUGAAUUGAUUGUGAGGUUCCGCCAUUGUUCCAAGUGGGUUGGAAGACAAGCAUUUGCCUUCAUCUGCCAGGUGGGAUUUUCUUUCUUUCUUUCAUGACUAGGGUGGGAAUAAAGAACAGAAUUGCCUUGACACAGUUAUACUGCUGAAGCUAAGCAGGGCAUGGAAGCUAACUGGAUGGAAGACUACCUGGGAAACUGUGUGCAUGCUACUCUGAGUUGUGUGAUGUGAAGUAAGAAAGGGAUAGGAGUUAUGACAUGAACAUCAACAGGAGGAACAUGUAUAACCUUGAAUCAGUGUAAUGGAAUCUUUUGCCUUUUAAAUUUGUGCCGGUUUGGAUAGAUACUAAGGCACUUUGGGGUUCUUAAUGAUAAAGGAUUUAGUUUGAUUGGUUCCUAUUCUGAGGCGGCACCACUCAGGACUGAGAGAACAAGGAGGAACACAAUUAAAACCAUCAAAAGAGUUCUCAAAUCCAUUGGCAACAAGUCCUAUCGAGACUCUCAGUGGAGGUUCUGCCAUCCCACUUAACUACUACACAUUACCCCCCCCCCAUUUUCUCCACUUUUCUCACCGGCUUUGAUACUAUAUACUUAAGUGCUCUGAUGUAUCGGGGGCUAUAUUGCUGCUUAAAACUGUACCGUGAGGGAAACGAAGGUGCCUCCUUGGAGAGGGAUGUUGAGAAUACUUCUUAUUAAUAAACACUUUGCAUUCAAGUUACCCUCUUAGGGUGUACCAAGAGCCUUGAAAACAUUAUCUUCUUGUAAUCAUAAGAUCGGACCAAACGCCCAUGCAGUCUAGCACAUUAUUUUCACAGUGGCCAACCAGAUCCCUAAGGGAAGACCAAAAGCACACUUUGUCCCCUAGCAAUUGGUGUUCGGAGACCUGUCACCUCCACUACAGGAAGUAGGACACAGCCAUGCUGGCAAGUAUCCAUUGCUAGCUUCAUCUUCUGUGAAUUUGGCCACAUUUUAAAGCCAUCCAAGUCGGUAGCCAUUGCUACCUCUCGGAGUAACAAAUUCCAUCAUAAAACCAUGCACUGUGUGAAGAAGCACUUCUUUAGUCUGUCCUGAAUCUUUCAACAUAGAAUUUCAAUUUGAUAACAUUGGGUUCUAGGACUUAUAUGAGAAGGAGAAGAACUUUUCUGUGCUCACUUACUUUGCCCCAUGCGGUACUUUGUAUGCCUCUAGUGAGCCCUUUUUUUCUAAACUAAAAAGCUGCAAAUACUGCAAUCGUUGCUUGUGAUGGAGUUGCUCCAUCCCCUUGAAUCAUCUUGGGUCCCAUUUUCUGAACUUUUUCCAGCCCUACAGUGGCUUUUGUUUUUUUGAGGUGUGCUGAUCAGAACUGUUUGUAGUAUUGGCAGUUUUAUUUUCAGUCCCUUUCCUAGUGAUCGCUUUUUCAUAAAUGCAGCACACUGAGUUGUCAUUUUUUUCCAAGCACUCCACCAUGAUGCCAAGGUCUUCUUCCUAGCCAGUCACUGCCAGUUUAGACUUCAUUGAUGCUUAUGUGAAAUUAGGCAUUUUUGCCCCGGUGUAAGCUUUAUGUUUGCUUACACUGAAUUACACUUUCCACUUUACUACUCAUUCGUCCAGUUUGGAGAGAUCCUUUUGGACCUUCUCGAAAUCCCUUUUUGUUCUUAAUCCUGUAAGACAUUAUUAUUAUCUCCUUUUUGCAGAUGGAAGCUGAAAGAAUUUGUGGCUUUCCUAAGCUACUUACUUAGUGAACAGCAGAUGCCACCUCUUGAUUAUUGCUUUUAUUGAAAAUGAUGCUUGGUGUUUUAGCAUUUAUGUGCGAUGGGUUUCUCUUGCAGGCAGUCGUUGAAGAGGAGUGCAUGCCUGCUGACCAUUUUGUUGAACACUUGUUACCCAGCCUUCUAAGUCUGGCUUCCGAUCCCGUGCCAAAUGUAAGGGUUCUGCUUGCUAAAGCUCUGAGGCAAACAUUGUUGGAGAAAGGUAUGCUAAUUCCUUCUACACAUAAACUGUUUUCUAGCAGUGUGAUCUCCAUAGUUCAGUAAUAAGUGCUGUCUUUCGCUACUUGUUUCGGAUUACAAUUGUAUUGUAAUCUGAAAAACUUGAGCAUUUCAAUUGUUCAUUCCUUUUCAACAAAGGCCUUUAUAGAGAUGGUUACAACACAUACAUCCUACUGUGGUUCACAGCUUUGACCCCUGAAUUAAUCAGUUGGACUUGUGUCUUCCUGGUUCUGGUGUUCCAGAAAACCCAGUGCAAAUUGAGAUAUCAUCAUAAGGAGAACCCUGCUAAGUCAGACUGAAUAUCCUUCUAGUCUAGUCCAGUUUCCCAAGUGGAUCCCAUUUGGCCUUUUCCUUAAUGGCCUUUCAGCAAGCUGUAAUUUGUUCAUUUGUUUCUCCAGACUUUUGUCACUGUUGUGUUUCUUUCCCUUGUUGUACAUAGUUUUAGGCUGCAAUCUUGUACCCAUUCACCUGGAAGCAAGUCCCAUUGAAAUUGAGGGGACUUGCUCCUGAGUAUGGAUGGCACUGUUAGUAAUUUUAUUUUUUUUUGUAUCUACUUUUUAUUGGCUCUUGUUUUUUAUAAUUUGUGUGUUAUUGUUUGUUUUAAGUUACUGUAAGAUCCCUUGUGGGCUCAUCUGGACAAGAGAGUGUGUUAAAAGAUUUCGGAAAACUAAUAAAUGAACAGCUAAGUCCUAAACAAUGUGGCUCAGACUAAAAUGUUCUCUUUCACUCCCCUAUUCUAGUAUAUUUUAGAAGUGUUGGCAACCCUCACCUUGAAGCCGUUGAAGAGACUGUCCUAGUUCUGCAGGCGGACAGGGACCAGGAUGUUUCCUUUUUUGCCACCAUCAAACCAAAACACAAUAAUAUGCACAUUACUUCACUCGAGAAGCAAAAUUAACUUCAUUUGUCCGUGUGGACCACAAAAUGAUGACUCAGCUAACAGGUUGCUGCUUUGGCAACGAACCUGGAGGAAGGACAGCAUCAAGCAACCAAUGUAACCGAAGGGAAAAGGGCUUGUUCUUAAUACCGUCAUUUAAAUGAGAAACACAUUGACCUUUUAUCUACAGACUGGCAAUACUGAUAUGGAAUGCCCACCAAUCAUUCAGCUUUUGGUUUUUUGCCUUUCAAGGAUGUGGGCAGGGACACUCCUCUCUACAGAAAGUAUUUAUGUAUUGCUUGUGUGAAGUUGUACACGUUCAUUGCUUCAUCGUCACCCCAGAUAACAGGAAUAUGCCUUUUGAACAUGGUGACUCAGAGACAAGGGAAGGCUAAUCACUUGGCUUCCAAUUCAGAGUGGCGCACAGAGCUAUAUAGUCAGUGAACAUAGAAAAUGUGGAGUUUCACCCGUUUUGUUGUAAUGGACACUCACUGUUGCAUUGCUAAUGGCAUCACAUUUUAUUAUAUAAAUUCAUCCAGAAAGUUAGCAAAGAAUUUGGAAAACUUGAAUCCAUAUCUGUAAGCCAUUUUUUAAAAAGCAAACAGCACAGUUGUUUUAUUAGAGCAAAAGUAAAAUUUCAUUCCCCCUGGGUGGAGGUGACAUUUUUUAAAAACAACAGAGGGCUUCACUUUUGUGAAUUGUAGCAUUUUUGGGUUUUUCUGUGUUUGUGAGUAUGUCACUGUGUGUGUGUGUGUGUGUGAGAGAGAGAGAGAGAGAGAGAUUCAUUUCAUAGUGGUAGCUUUUCUUCAUUCUUGCAGUUAUCUCUCAAUCUUUUUCUGAUAAAGCUGUUACAUUAAUAUAAGCUGCAGUUCUCAAACAACUAACUCUGAAGUAGUUCUUGUAUAUUUGUUGGGCCUACUCCAAAGUAAGUGGUUUGAGGCUUGUGGAUAUAGACUGUUGGGCCUUCAGUCCUGGGAUAUGAUUGGAAUUUGUUCAAAAGUCUGGAGAACCACACAAAAGCUUUUGCUUGUUUAUGAGUGCAAGGUCAGAGAUCUGGGAAUCUGGGUUUCUCUGCUUUGGGUCUUGAGAGUUGCUCCCCCUCCCCCAAGAUCGGUGGAAAUUUUAGUACAAAAUGUGUCUUGCCCAAAGAGCUGUGCGUGACCUUCUCUUCCUACGUGGGGGCUUUUCAGCCACCUCCUUCUAACUGCAUCCUUCUCAAAAAGACUGCUCUGAAGAUUAGGAGCAGCAUUCCAUUUGGUGUGGGGGACCACCACUAGAAGGGAACCCCAAGACCUCUCUGCCUCUGUGUGGAAUCAUGUUGCCUAUGUGCCCACGGACCUCUCUGGAUUUCCCACUAAUUCUGGUUUACGGUUGUAAACUCUAAUUAGAGUAACAUUGUCUUGGAAGGGAUAUAAAUCAGUGGAAAUAUAAAUGGGAAAGGAAAAAUGGAGGGUGAUCAGCGCAAUCUGAACAUUGCAUGGUUCAUAUGCUAUAGGUAAGAGUCCUGGAAAAUUAAAAAACACCAACUAGCUGAUUCACAUUGUGUUCCCAACUGUAGGGCCAUUCUCAGGAGUUUCCAUCUUUGGAUACCCAUGAAAAUGUAAUCUUUAAAUACAUAAUAAACAACUUCUCUAGGGACUGUGGAGUCCAGAAACCCAGAUUAUACUGUAUGUACAGAAGCAAAUUAUGUAUAUGUUAUAGGUCUUCACCAGGGAUUAUUCAGGGGAGUGAUUGCUGCUGGAAUUUAAUAUUUAUUUAUGAUUUGGCCAUAAGUAGAAAAGUUCUGCAGUAGAGUCUUAACAGUUUUGAAAUAGUAUCCUCUUCAAGUUUUCUUUACUUGAAUAUGCAAGCCUCACAGCGCAAUUAUACAUAAACGCAACUUGGAAGUAAGGCCCGCUGAUCUUUGUGAUAAUUACUUCCAAGUAGAUAAGAUAUAAGAUUGUGCUGUUUGGAAUUUAAAUGCAGAAAACCUCACAGGAAGCACUGUAACCUUUGGCUAAGCGUAACUGAAUCUCUCUCUCUUUUUAAAAGUAUCUGACAAAAUCACAUUUAGCAGCAAGUAAAUAUUUUCCGUUUAGCAUUUGUCUGGUAUCUAGAUAGGGCAUAACUAUGGUCUCUCAAAUAACUUUGCUUCAUUAAGUGGUUGUACUGUCAGAAUUGUCAGCUUGCUUCCUGGUAUGUUUCUCAAUUUGUUUAUUUUAUGGUUUAAUUUGCCACAAUUGCCUACUGAAUUCUGGACAUAAUACUAUGAAAUAUUGUGCUCCAGAUUGCAAUACAGUGUUUAACGUUUAUAAUAGCGUUUUGCUUUGCAAGAUCCUAAAAUGCUUUUAGAAAUGUGUCCUUGCUAUUUCAGUACAAAACGUUUAAACUCUGUGAAUUCUGCAAGGUGGUUCUACACUUAAAUGUUUUAAUAUGUUUAAAAGAAAAUGCCUCUUCAAUGCAAAUGAUUUUUAUGACUGCAGUUUUUCAGCAAAAUGUCAGUUUUUUUUGUAGUUUUAAUAUCUUUUUCUAAUGCUAACAUACAAGUAUUUUUUAACAGUUCAGAUUUUUCUAAAAUUGUUCUAACCAGUUUUUAGUUUUGUUGACCAUAACAGGUCGUUAAAUUUUUUUCAGCACUGAUCAUCUUUUUUUAAGUGUAUAUAGAAAUGUUUGAAAAGAAUUGUAUAUGGUCUGCUGUUUGGACAUUAAAAUAAUCCAGUUUGGGCUGCCAUGUUGUUAGAUUUAGAUUGAUAGGUACCCUUUGCUACACUAGCCUAACUAAAUAACCUAAGUAUCCAUGUGUCUUUAGAAAGUUGGAGUAGUUUUCAUGAAGGUAUUGUUUAGUUAGUUUCACUUAUGCAUGAGUAAGCUGUUGAACUUAAUUUUGCAGAAGCAACAAAUCAAAAUUUUCAUUAAAAAAUAGCACCUUUUUUCUAAAUCCAGGAGUUUUGACCAUUUUUAAAAUGGGAUUUUUGUUCUUAAAUUGUUUUUUUUAAAUGGUGUUUAAAAAUCUAGAGUUGCAUGCACUUGAGGAGAGAGAAUUCUGGGCAGUUAUUUUCGACUUUUCCCUCUCUCACCUCACCUUUACAACAUUGAAACCCUCACCCCCUCCCUUCCGAUUUGUGUGUUUUGCAUUCCAUUUCUUAUUGGCAAUAGGUGAGAGUAGCAAAGAACUUCACUGUCACAACCUCCAUUCAUUUCACAGUGGCUUAUUUGUCGCUUCUGCAUAAACAACUGAAAUGACUGAAAAGGGGGCAGCAACGGUUCUUGACUUGCUCCCCAAUGUAAUUUGUGCAUGAUGACAGCACCUUAUAGAUCACUCUCUGGGCAGAUGGACAUAUGCUGUGGAGUAACAUAUUCAUUCACUCUGUUUUAAAUUAUGUAAAAAGAAAUUUGGUGGACCUCACAAGGAGCAAAAGUUGCCAUCCCUCUCGCACAAAAGUUGCAAGGAUUUUGCUUUUAGAUAAGGGAUGCGAAAAAUAUAAGUGGUGCAAUACUGAAAUAUUGUAAUCCAAAGCACGCUAGCCAUUUUGCCUCAAAAUCAAACCUGCUGUUAUCUGCUGUAUGUGGUUAUAAAUUUGGCACCUCCUGGAAUCCUGCCCAAGUGGCAGUUGUAUGUCUGUAAAAGGUGAUGUUUAGGACCCAGAAUAGAUGAAGACACUCUGGAAGUGCCGCUGAUUUUGUCAAAACAUAGAAUCUAUGUAACUUUUUAUUCAUAUUUAUCUCAAUAAAUCCAAUGACUGUUUUCCCAAA